CUCGUCCCGGGCUCGCGGCGGAUCCCGCGUUCGACCCGGCUCCGCGGCGGCCUGGCCAAUGGCACCUCAGAGGAGGGGCGCUCCCAAGGCGCCCGAGGGCAGCGGGGCAGCGGAGCGCCGGCGCCCGAGCAGCACCAAGAGUGUCCGGGCGCCUCGGGAUGUGUGGAAGAAGUGGCUGAGAGUUGCCGUCCUGGGGGCCUGCACCACGCUCGUCGCGCUCCUGCUCUGGGGCAUUCUGGGGGGUGAUGACAGCAUCACUGAGGUCCUAGCUCAUCGAAGUGAGGUCCUGCCAGGCAGGUUCAUCGAGGUGCCCUGCUCCGAGGACUAUGACAGUCACCGAAGGUUUGAAGGCUGCUCCCCGAGGAAGUGUGGCCGGGGCGUCAGCGAUGCCAUCAUCACCAGGGACGAAGCCCGGAGGAUUCGCAGCAUAGCCGAGAAGGGGCUGUCCCUGGGAGGAUCUGACGGAGGGGCAUCUAUCCUGGACCUGCACUCGGGGGCCUUGUCUGUCGGGAAGCACUUUGUGAACCUGUACAGAUACUUUGGGGAUAAAAUACAAACUAUCUUCUCAGAAGAGGACUUCCAGUUGUACCGGGACCUGCGGCAGAAGGUCCAGCUGGCAAUCGCCCAGGCAUUUGGCAUCAGCGCGUCCUUGCUGCACCUGACGAAGCCCACCUUCUUCUCCCGCAUCAACAGCACAGCGGCCCGCACGGCUCAUGACGAGUACUGGCAUGCGCACGUGGACAAGGUGACCUAUGGCUCCUUCGACUACACAUCGCUGCUGUACCUCUCCGACUACCUGGAUGACUUCGGUGGCGGGCGGUUUGUGUUCAUGGAGGAGGGGGCCAACAAGACGGUGGAGCCGAGAGCAGGUCGGGUGUCCUUCUUCACCUCGGGGUCCGAGAACCUGCACCGGGUGGAGAAGGUUCACUGGGGCACCCGCUACGCCAUCACCAUCGCCUUCACCUGUGACCCCGACCAUGGCAUCGCGGACCCAACGUUCACGUAGCCCCGGGAGGCCUGUCCAGCAGCCCUGCAGGGAAGCAGUCAUGCUGGACACACACCCCUUCCCUCUCGCUCAGCCCAUUUCCACUGAACAAGGUGCCUUAUGAAUCAUCCUGAAUUUUGAUUUGCUAACAUUUGAUCAUUUUUCAACUGUGAGUAAAUGGAGGGAACCAGUUUCCCCUCACAAGCAGCA